CUCGGCACGUUGACUGGUCAGUAUACCUACAUACGUAUACUAGAUAUUCACUCCCACACGUAUACACAAAUAGUCAUUGUUGUCGCUACCGUUUGGUGUUUGUUGUCCUCCUCUUUCGCAACUAUCCAAAAGUCGAAAUCGCCAACGCCAGUUCUUCUGAUUCCAUUUGGUAUCGUUCGUGUCGUUGCCCGUGUUUGUGUUGUUGUUGUGUUGGUCUUUCUUUGUCCAACCAGCCAACAAACCUUGCAGUUCAUCUAUAAUCUAAACUCCGGAGUCACGAUCAAGGGAUGAUGUUUCACUAUAAGACAGGGUCGUCAUGGUUCCUGCUGCUGUCCGCAUCCAUUACCACAACCCUCACGACGACAACGAUGACAACAACCCACGCCUUUGCCCCGCACACGCGCUUAUCCGUGCCCCACGGUGCUUCCCGACUCGUCAUGAAGGAUUUCCCCAAACCCAAUUUGGAAGAUACGGACAAUUACCGUUUUUAUCGUGAUUUGUCGCACUCCUUCUCCACGACACUCAAGGCACCGUCGCCAGAAUCACGCAAGAAGGUAGCCAUCAUUGGCGGUGGCUUGUCCGGUCUCGCCUGUGCCAAGUACCUCGCCGACGCCGGACACCAACCCGUCGUCUACGAAGCACGGGACGUCCUCGGCGGCAAGGUCUCCGCUUGGCAAGAUGCCGACGGAGACUGGAUCGAAACCGGACUACACAUUUUCUUUGGUGCCUACCCGAAUAUGAUGAAUCUCUUUGCCGAACUUGAUAUUCACGAUCGUCUCCAGUGGAAGGUGCACAAAAUGAUCUUUGCCAUGCAGGAACUACCCGGAGAAUUCACAACCUUUGAUUUCAUUCCCGGCAUACCCGCACCCUUCAAUUUCGGACUCGCUAUUCUCAUGAACCAGAAAAUGCUCACUUUGCCGGAGAAAAUACAGACGGCUCCCCCGCUACUGCCCAUGCUCGUACGCGGACAAGACUUUAUCGACGAACAGGACGAACUCUCCGUCCUCGACUUUAUGCGCAAGUACGGGAUGCCCGAACGCAUCAACGAAGAAGUCUUUAUCAGCAUGGCCAAGGCACUCGAUUUCAUUGAUCCCGACAAAUUGAGUAUGACGGUCGUUUUGACCGCCAUGAAUCGCUUUUUGAACGAAGACAACGGCCUCCAAAUGGCCUUUCUCGACGGCAAUCAGCCCGACCGGCUCUGUGCACCCAUGGUCGAACACAUUCAAGCCCGUGGCGGUCAAGUCAACCUCAAUUCCCCCGUGCAAGAAAUCGUCACCCGCGAAGACGGUAGUGUCGAUUACCUCCUGAUGCGGUCCGGAGAAAAGGUCGUUGCCGACGAAUACGUGUCCGCCAUGCCCGUGGAUAUUGUCAAACGCAUGUUGCCCGAAAAGUGGCAAACAAUGCCCUACUUUCGUCAAUUCGACGAACUCGAAGGCAUUCCCGUCAUUAACCUCCACAUGUGGUUCGAUCGCAAACUCAAAGCCGUCGAUCACUUGUGCUUUUCCCGCUCGCCGCUGCUGUCCGUUUACGCCGACAUGAGCGUCACCUGCAAGGAAUACUACGACGAAUCCGCUUCCAUGCUCGAGCUCGUCUUUGCCCCGUGCAGUCCUCUCGCCGGUGGUAACGUGAAUUGGAUUGCCAAGACGGACGAAGAAAUCAUCGACGCGACCAUGGGCGAACUGGCCCGACUCUUCCCCACCGAAAUCGCCGCUGAUCCCACCUGGCCGGCCACCAAGAACCAGGGCCCCAACGGUGAGGCCAAACUUCGCAAAUACGCCGUGGUCAAGGUGCCCCGCUCGGUCUACGCCGCCAUUCCCGGCCGCAACAAGUACCGCCCGAGUCAAACCACUCCAAUUGACAAUUUCACGCUGGCCGGGGACUGGACGUCACAAAAGUUUCUGGGAUCCAUGGAAGGCGCCGUCCUCGGGGGCAAGCUCGCCGCCGAAGUAUUGGCCCGCAAGGCGGCCAACCUACCCGCACCCGAACUCGCCAACAAACCCGUGCGGGAUGAAAUUGUGCAAAAGGCGCAAACGCACGUGGCGCGUCCACCGGCCGGAGUCAAGGGACAAGGUGCGAUUGCCUUUGGCGGUGGCGCCGUGCUCGGGACGGAAAACAAAGCCUUGCUUCGGGACGUUGAUCCUAGUCAAUUCGUGGAAGCCUAGUACACACACACACACACAACCGACUCUAGUGAAGGAAAGUGUAAAUCUGUUGCCGGUAACAACUAACGCAUUUUGAUGAUUG